CCUCCCUUAGACUAGAAAACCAAAUCGAGAUACAACUAGCAUUUUUUGUGCUAAUUUCAGCUGUAAUACAUUAAAUAGAAAAUUUUAGCUUUAAAUGCGACGACAAAGUUAAAACAAAUGUCUUCACCUACGUUAAAGAUCAACAAAUUACAGGAAGACUGAUAAUUGGGCUGAAAACCGCAGCCACGUCAUGCCCGUCCUUAGUCUAUUAAAGGUAAUACUUAAAUAACAGGUAUGCAUCCAGUUUUACAACUAGUAUGGUGGAUUAAAAAAGUCAAGUGGAGAUUAAACAGCUUGCUGGCAGACAUAUUUAUUUUCUUCGCCAUGAAGACGGGUAAAUCGUCUACAAGCAACUACACCGGGGUGGACAUGCUAAUGGAUAACACCAAACUUCUCCCCGCAACUAAGUCGAUCAUCAUCAAUCGGGGAGAUGAUGAUACGGACAAAGGAUUGAUGAACCCGCGGGCAAUGAUAUUUCUCGUCUUGUGGUACUUUUUCAGUUUCUGCACACUGUUCCUGAACAAGUAUAUUCUGUCCACUCUGAGAGGAGACCCUACAAUGCUCGGUGCCAUGCAGAUGGUGAUGACAACAACCCUAGGAUUUCUACAGAUGUAUUUACCGCUAGGAUUUUAUAAAGCUGUAGACAGAGAAGGGAAACCUCCAAACUUCUGGAGGAAUAUGAUUAUAGUAGGAUCCAUGAGAUUUGCAACAGUUGUGCUAGGGCUGGUAGCACUGAAGUUUGUAGCCGUGUCAUUUACAGAAACAAUAAAGAGUUCAGCACCAAUAUUUACAGUAGGAAUAUCAUAUAUGAUGCUUCGAGAAUACACGGGCUUUUUUACAAUACUUUCAUUGAUACCAAUCAUGUUUGGUCUAGGACUUUGCUCAGCAUAUGAACUCAGUUUUAAUAUUCAGGGAUUUACAGCAGCUUUAGCAACCAAUAUAACAGAAUGUUUACAGAAUGUUUACUCCAAAAUGCUUAUUAGUGGAGAAAAAUACAGAUAUACACCAGCAGAGCUGCAGUUUUUCACAAGUAUAUCAUCAGUUAUUGUACAAAUACCUGCCUGUUUCUUCAUGAUAGACUUUCCAUAUGCAAAACAGACAUUAGAUUUAACCAUGUUGACUGCUUUAAUUAUGAAUGGAGUAUUCUUUCAUUUUCAAAGUAUAUCAGCAUAUGUGCUAAUGGGAUAUAUAUCACCUGUAACACAUAGUGUGGCAAAUACAGUGAAGAGAGCUUUUCUUAUAUGGUUAUCUGUGAUAGUGUUUGGAAAUCCAGUGACAUUCCUUAGCGGCCUUGGAACGAUCACUGUGACAAUUGGUGUAUUGUGUUAUACCAAAGCUAAAGAAUACGACGGUGCAAGACUUGCCUUAAAACUUUCUUCUGAUUCAGAAAUACAAGUGAAAAAUACAAAAUCCCGAGACUCAAAAGUUAAGAUUGGCAAUGGGAAGACUCAAGUUUGAUUUUAACUGUAGUUAGGAUUAAUAGUAAUAUAAUUAGCUAACAUAUUAAGUAAAUAAUCUCAGUUAAUGAAUAAUGGUUGUUAAUGAUACUGGUUAUGUUUUAUUAGCUCACCUGUCACAGAGUGACAAGGUGAGCUUUUGUGAUCGCUUUUCGUCCGUCGUCCGUAAACUUUUACUUUAAACGACAUCUCCUCAUAAACCGCUAGGCCAAUUUCAUCCAAACUUCACAGGAAUGAUCCUUGGGUGGCCCCUUUUCAAAAUUGUUCAAAGAAUUGAAUUCCAUGCAGAACUCUGGUUGCCAUGGCAACCGAAAGGAAAAACUUUAAAAAUCUUCUUGUCCAAAACCACAGGGCUUAGGGCUUUGAUACCUGGUGUGUAGCAUCAUCUAGUGGUCCUCUACCAAAAUUGUUCAUCCCCCUAGGGUCAAAUAUGGCCCCGCCCCGGGGGUCAUAUGGUUUAUAUAGAUAAAUCUUCUUGUCUGAAACCACAACUCUUAAACCUUUGAUAUUUGGUUUGUAGCAUUGUCUUAUGGUCCUCAACCAAAAUUGUUCAAAUUGUAUCCCUUGGGUGAAAAGAGGCCCUGCCCUGGGGGUCCCAAGUUUUAUAUACACUUAUAUAGGAAAAAGCUUUAAAAAUCUUCUUGUCUGAAACCAUAUGACCUAGGCUUUUGAUAUUUGGUAUGAUGCAUUGUCUAGUAGUCCUCUACCAAAAUUGUUCAAAUUAUUUUCCUGGGGUUAAAAGGGGCCCCCGUCCUGGGGUCACUUAGUUAUUAUGUGAGUUAUAUAGGAAAAAUACUUAAAAAAUCAUCUGAUCCUAUUUCCAAGACUGUUUAAUUAUAAUUACAUGAUGAACCCAAGUAAUAUGAUGUCACUUGACUGUGACCUUGACCUACUUUCUUGUUUUUUCAGAUACAGUCUUGAAAUGUUGAUGACAUACACAGUUUUGCACACAAAUCGUAAAACUGAAUUUCAUUGACCAUGAAUGUGACCUGCUGACUUCCUUAAUAUUUUAUCAUCAGUUUGACAUUUGAAACAUGUAGCUCAUAUUACUCAGGUGAGCGAUCCAGGGUUAUCAUGGCCCUCUUGUAUUAUGAAUUGUGAAAUUGUUAAUUUUUGGAGGGGUCAGGGCGGGAAUAACUUUCAUGAAUUUCCAGGUUGAAUUUAUCCACGAAAUUUAAUUUACUAUCACAACAGCAAUCAUUAAGUGCUGCGUGGUGGCUGUAAAAAGUUUCCCUUACUUGGAUUCAGUGUUGUUAUAUUUUCAUGGAGUCAUUUCAAUUGAUGUGUAAUACAGUUCCGCUUUAGCCAGUGCUAGGGGGCGUGAGAGGUGUUGCAUAUUUCAUAACCUCUCAUUAACAGACUCAGUCAAACCAAGUCUGCUAUUAUUCUGCUUUGUUGCAUUCUUUGCUUCUAAAGGAUCUUUUUACAGAUUUUAUAAAGUAUUAAAAUUCUCAUUAUGUCUCCCCCAGGAGACAUAUUGUUUUUGCCCUGUCCGUACGUACGUCACACUUCAUUUCCGAGCAAUAACUGGAGAACCAUUUGACCUAGAACCUUCAAACUUCAUAGGGUUGUAGGGCUGCUGGAGUAGACGACCCCUAUUGUUUUUGGGAUCACUCCGUCAAAGGUCAAGGUCACAGGGGCCUGAACAUUGAAAACCAUUUCCGAUCAAUAACUAGAGAACCACUUGACCCAGAAUGUUGAAACUUCAUAGGAUGAUUGGUCAUGAAGAGUAGAUGACCCUUAUUGAUCUUGGGGUCACUCCGUCAAAGUUCAAGGUCACAGGGGCCUGAACAUUGAAAACCAUUUCCGAUCAAUAACUAGAGAACCACUUGACCCAGAAUGUUGAAACUUCAUAGGAUGAUUGGUCAUGAAGAGUAGAUGACCCUUAUUGAUCUUGGGGUCACUCCGUCAAAGGUCAAGGUACAGGGGCCUGAACAUGGAAAACCAUUUCCGAUCAAUAACUAGAGAACCAUUUGACCCAGAAUGUUGAAACUUCAUAGGAUGAUUGUACAUGCAAAGUAGAUGACCCCUAUCGAUUUUGGGGUCACUCCAUUAAAGGUCAAGGUCACAGGGGCCUGAACAUGGAAAACCAUUUCCAAUCAAUAACUUGAGAACCUCUCGACCCAGAAUGUUGUAACUUCAUAGGAUGAUUGUACAUGCAGAGUAAAUGACCCCUAUUGUUUUGUUUUCCGUGAAAGGUCAAGGUCACAGGGGCCUGAACAUUGAUAACCAGUUCCGAUCAAUAACUUGAGAACCACUUGACCCAGAAUGUUAAAACUUCAUAGGAUGAUUGAACAUGCAGAGUAGAUGACCCCUAUUGAUUUUGGGGUCAGUCUAUUAAAGGUCAAGGUCACAGUGGCCUGUUCAUGUAAAAUCAUUUUUUGGAAAUAACUUGAGAACCACUUGACCUAGAAUGUUGAAACUUAACAGGAUGAUUGGACAUGCAGAGUAGAUGACCCCUAUUUAUUUUGAGGUCACUUGAUCAAAGGUCAAGAUCACAGGAGCCUGAACAGUGACUUGAGAACCACUAGGCCAAGAGUGUUGAAAUUUAGCGGGAUGACUGGACAUGCUAAGUAGAUGAUCCCUAUUGCAGCCAACCAUCAGUGUCUCUUUGACUUUCGCUCCUGACCCCUAUUGACUUCUUGCCUAUAGGACUUUGCAUUGGGGGAGACAUGCGCUUUUUUACAAAAGCAUUUUCUAGUUCAUUUUGUGUUCAAAGGUCAGAAUAACUGAUAUCCACACAAAUUAGCCGUUUGGCUAAAACCACCAAACUCCAUGCCCACAAAAGUAAAUCAUUUCACAGUUUUGUCCAUUCAGAUAUCAUCAGUCUAUUAUCAUUUUUACCUUAUAGUUAUACUGUUGCAAAGUUUUGGGUUAUGAUUACAGCAUCUACAGAUUUACAAAACUGCCAAAUGUUUCUCAGAUGCAGUGCUUUUAUGUAUUAUUUUGUAGUUUUUUGUUUGGCUGUGUUUGGGGUGCUCUGUGCUUCUGGGAAAUCUACCCUUACUGAUUUGUUUUGUUUUUGUCUGUCAAUCCUUAUAAUUAUCUAUAGACCAAAAUUAUACUGUAAAGCCUAAAUACUGAUUUUUCCACAUAGUAAUUUUGCAAGUAUUGGUCACAAAGUUUAAAACUGCUAUCAGCAUAUCAGCAGGAUUAACAGUGGACAGGAUUUUUUUUUAUCUAAAUCAUAGCAUCUAAUAGGUUGCGUGCACACCCAGUUAGCUCAGUAGGUAGAUGACAAGGCUGCUAAUUGAGAAGUUGUGCAUUCAGUUACUUGCUGAGACAGUGAUAUUUAACAGAAGUCAUAUACCUGAAAUUAGUUGGCAGCCACACCUGAUCCUUGCCAGUUGUGAGACAUGCAGUUUUGACUAGAAGUUGUUACAGUGUUUUAAGUAUUACCUUUAUUAAUUUCCUAUCCUUGUCUCCAGAUUUAAGUCAAAUGUUUAAUAGAUUUAAAUAAGUAGUAUUAUAAUUCAACUUCUUUGCCGUACUUUACCAGUAUUUAAACACAGCAAUGAGGUAACUCAUCCUGCAGAAUAAUGAAGGAACUUGUUUCCCAUGCUUUACCGGUAUUUAAACACUGCAAAGAGGUAACUCAUCCUGCAGAAUAAUGUAGGAACUUGUUUCCCAUGCUUUACUGGUAUUUAAACACAGCAAAGAGGUAACUUAUCCUGCAGAAUAAUUUAGGAAUGGGUAGACCUCUAUCCAGUUAUUGUACACACCUAUUAAUCAUUUCAGUGUGUGAGGUUUAGUGUAACCCCAUUUUGUUAUAUCAUUUCAAUUCUGAAAUGUCUUUUACACAAAAUAGUAGAGCGAAUAAGGCAGCUCUCUUGGUGCCUAUAUGGCUCCAAUUAUUACGUCGAUGUAAUGCCAGUAUUGCCAUCAAUUGCCGGUAAUCUAUAAAGAUCUAUCAAAGUUUUUUUGUGAUUGGCAGCUUUUUAUAGACUGUAAGUGCUAAACAUGAACAAGGACAUCGGACAUUAUGCUAGGGAUUUUGCCCUAAGUUCAAUGCUAUUUCUUGACUUCAGUAGCUGUCUACUAUGAAAUAUUUUAACACAAUAAAUAAACUGAUACCAUGCAGAGUAUCAGUUUUAUUGACAUUUUUGAAAAUAAACGAAACUGAAAAAAUAAAAGUGGAACAAAACAUUUGGUCCCUAACUGUACUUCAGUUAUUUCCACCCGAGUGCCCAUGAUAACACUGAUGCAUUGAUCAUAUCCUAUUGUUUGUUUUCUAUACAUCUAUUGCUAUACUCUAUUUAUACACAUGUACAAUACUGACCGGGCAUUAUGUGGAGGAUUAUUAUUGAAUACAUGCAGUGGUGUAGCUGGCCAUACACUGGCGUAGUUGGCCUUUUUCAGUUGAACCGGAGGGGUGCAGGAGACUGCCUAUUCCACUGCGGGUUCAGGGAUGCCUUACUUUCAGCAUUUUAUAUCAAUGGAACUUCACUAGCUAGUAUCAACAUUUAUAUAGAUAUUCUUGGGGUGUCUGUGUUAGUUCUUUGAGGUCCUUACUAGUAUUUCGGUUGGCUUCGAAAUAAGUUUCAGACGUGUGAGCGAAUUGAUUUUAAUUCUGGGGGUGUCAGUGUUAGUUAUGGGCGAGUCAGUAUUAGUUCUAUGGGUGUCAGUGUAAGUUCUGGAAGCAAUUAGGUUAGUUAAUGAGAUGGUGUCUGGUGUAGUUUUUGUUAGGGUAUAGGAUACUGGAUCGAAUAAAAGCAAAUGUUGCUCUUAAAAUGCAUUCUAGGUUCGCUUCAACUGUGUCCUACAAAAAGGUAAAAAAAUUGCACCUUAGUGGCACUAUUCCCAUAGAAGUUCGUCUGUAUUUCUUUGUCAUGUUUACGUUGAAGACACAUAAUUAUGUAAUAUGUCGAAGCCACUUGCUUGCUUCUUGACUAAUGACAGAUGCAGUUGUUUCCUGAUGACACUCAAUAGACAGACUUAGACUGUCAAGAGGUAACAGAUCUGAUUGAAAAAUUCAUAAGAUAUACUUAUAAGGAUCUGUCUGCUUUUUAGCUUCACUUUCUAUGUCUCCUAUUUAUUUAGUUUAGUGUUUUCUGUGCUUGAAAUAUUUACAAAAAUGAAUAAAGAUUUAUAUUUGUAAGGUUUAGGAAACACAUGCAAUAAGUGUCAAAUAUUUAUGUAAAAAUUUAUUUGCUGACACCCUGUACGUAGUUUUUUUCAAUUUUAAACACUUUCCCACCCGUGACCAACUGCCAUUUUUGCAGCAUACGUAUAUAAUAAUUAUUUACAAAGGCAUGUGAACUAUUUUGUUGCGUCACUGGUGGGAAAGAUGUUUAAAACGUAAAAAUGAUUUAUGUUCAUAUUUUAAUAGAAAAGAGAAUGAGAAAUGUCUACAAAGUCUUCUUUUUUGUUCAUGAACUUGUAAAAUGAAGUCGCAUUUAUCAAGAAAUGGUCCUUAACUAUCAUAACUAUGCAAUAUCAGAAGUCUAUCCCUAUGUCACGUUUUCCUUAAUCGGAUAGGCAAUCUGAAUAGGAAAAUGUCCGAGGUCCUUUGUUAAAUUACACUAUUAUUUAUAAGUAUUGAAGUUUUAUGCUGCCUUCUUUGCAUCUUAGAAGGUUCAUUUGGUUUAGAUUUUUACACGCCCGUCUCUGGAAGAGCCGGGCGUAUUAAGUGAACACCCGUGGCAGGCAGGCGGUCAGCAUCCAAAAGCAUGUCCGCCCUCUAAGUCGAACAGUUUUCAUCCGAUCUUCACCAAACUUACUGACAGUGUUUCUGGGCAUAAUGUUUCGCCCAAGUUCGAUAACCACCCAAAUCACCAAAGGCACUCUAAGAUUAUGGCCCUUGAAUUACUCAAAAUCUGCGAAAUUAGCCUUGUCCAUUCAAACAGUAUCCAUUUGUCAAUUUCAUCCCACAUGGAACCUCAAAAAUACCUUGAUUCCUUAGGUUAACAAGACUUACAACAUCAAUAUUGUUUUCUUUAUGAUACGUAACUGAAUAUUUAGACGGGCGUAUUUUGUGACAGUUUGGCACUCUUGUUUGUGAUAGAACACAAAAGAGGACACAUAUUUAAUUAAUCCAGGUACUUUAUUACUUGUUUGAAUGUCUGAUGUAAAGACACUGGGCUUAAGUUAAACCUUUAUUUAGGUAAAUCAGUUGCAGAAUUAAUUUUUGAAAUUUGUGGUCAAGUAUCUUUGAAGCUGGGUUUUAAAGGGACUAUUCCACACAUGUUAAGGGAAAAAUAAUUGAUCUCAAUAAUCCAUAAAAAGUGAGUACUCUGAAAGUGACUAGUGGUACAAACUUAUUGACAUAAGAUUUUUGCAAGAUAUUCUUAUAAAAUAACCAAAAAUCAUUGUGCAGGAGGUAGUAAACCAUUGCAACACUUUUGAAAUAAUGCAGAAAAUUUACAUAAUUUUUCUGUGUCAUAGAAUAUUAUACAUUCUAUGCCAAACUUGGUGGAAAUGAACAUGUUGAAAAUUUUCACCCAAACUGUGGGUGAGUAACUUUAACAGGAACAUUGGACUGAGAAGUUUCAAUUUGUGGAGACAAAACUUUUAAUUUCUGGUAGCAUCUGCAAAAUGGUUUGCUCUGGGAGUCCAGCCAAGAAUAUCAGGAUUCUUCAGUGAUCUGACUGAAGAAUCCAAUACCUGAUUGGUUGAUUUUGAGCAUAGUUUAUAAUAAUGUUAUUGGAUAUAUCAGAGUGAAAAUAAUUGUUGCCAAGACAAACAUAUAUAAAAUGUUUGUGGCAAGAAAACUGUGGCGUGAAAACUGUUACAUAAAAAAAACAUUACUACGCUUAUAAUGAAUAAUAAUACAUAUAGGCACUUAUAUUUAGUAAAAGUCUACAGUAUACACUUAUGGAAUGGCUUGCUGGUCAAUAAUUGGAACUAUUGCCCAGGGUCCAAAGGUCACUAGUUUUGACUAUUGACUAGCAAGCUAUUUAAUAAGUGUUUUAUUACAAGACCAGUAGUUAGAGAAACUGUUAGCGAACAGUAUGGAUCUUGACCAGACUGCGCAGAUGCGCAGACUGGUCUGGAUCCAUGCUGGUCGCAAAGCCACUAUGUUGGUUUUCCCAUGGCGCAGCUCAUAUCAUUUUAAUCAAAUACAGUUUAAUAUUAAAAUGAAAGUUCAGUUGUAUAAAAAGCAACAUUUGGCUGUUGUAUAGAUAACAAGUAAUUUUACUGUAUCAUGAUACAAACUUAUUAUGUCCCCCACUGGGGGAGACAUAUUGUAUUUGCCCUGUCCGUCUGUCCCACUUCAUUUCCGAUCAAUAACUGGAGAACCAUUUGACCUAGAACCUUCAUAGGGUGGCACGUUUUAUAGAGCAGACAACACCUAUUGUUUUUUGGGGCACUACAUCAAAGGUCAAGGUCACAGGGGCCUGAACAUGGAAAACCGUUUCCGAUCAAUAACUUGAGAACCACUUGACCUAGAAUGUUGAAACUUCAUAUGAUGAUUAGACAUGCAGAAUAGAUGACCCCUAUUGAUUUUGGGGUCACUGUUAAAGGUCAAGGUCACAGGGGCCUGAUCACGGAAAACAAUUUCCAAUCAAUAACUUGAGAACUACUUGACCCAGAAUGUUGAAACUUCAUAGGAUGAUUGCACAUGCAGAGUAGAUGAUCCCUGUUGCAGCCAACCAUCAGUGUAUCUUCGACUUUCGCUUCUGUCCUCUAUUGACUUCUUGCCUAUUACUACAAUGCAUUGGGAGAGACAUGCGCUUUUCUACAAAAGCAUCUUCUAGUUUCGUUAAAAGUUAAAUUCUGGUUUAUCUUGAAGUACCAAUAAAAGGUCUAAGUCCUUGGAAAUGAGAUAAUGAGUUUAAACUGUUACUUGUAGUUAGGAUUUAAUUGCAUUUUAAGCUUCAAAUAUAUGCUUAUUUCACUAUUAAAUGGUGAAUUAUACGAGGUAAUUUGUAAAGUUGGGAUUUAUUUGAUAUUUAUUUGUAUUAGUUGUUAGUUAAAUGUUUAUUAUUUAUUGUAUGUAUGUAUAAUUUAACAUCGUCAACAUUUUGUUUUUGUCCUAUUGUUCAAAACAAUAUAAUGAUCUUUGUAUUUUGGAAAUGUUUGCUUAAUCAAACAGCAAAUCAGGGUGGUCAAUAAAAUUGGGGAGCUGAAGUUUUGAUAUUUUAACAUGAUAUAAAACACUGAACCCUGUGGUAGCCCCAGUUUGGCCCAAAGGAUCUGGCUUGAACAAACAUGGUAGAGAACCACUAGCCUGUGCUAUAUGAACAGUAGCUUAACUUUGAGCAUUGUACUUUUGAAGAUUUUUUAAAGUUUCUGAAAACCAAAACACUGAUAAGCCUCCCUGGACGGAGCCAAAAAUGGUCCAAGAGUCGUGGUUUGAACAAAAACAGAACUGUUUAUACUUUCUGGGUAAAACCCUCUCCUUAAAUUUUACUGACCUUCCUACACGUUUGUCUUGCUGUGUCAUGCUUUUAGCUUAAUGACAGUGUAAGACUUGUCUCUUUGAAGCAUGACUGAAAGAGUCAGAAUUAUUCAGUCUGUCAUUUAUUGUACAUCCAAUUGUCCUUCAAUUAAAAACAAAGCAGUAUUAGGAAAAUUUAUGUUUGUAUCAAACUCAUUCUCUGUUGUUGCUUUCUUUCAUCUUUUCAUAAAAAAAAAAAUUCUUUACUUUUUUGAAAUAAGUCCUCUGAGUUCUGAGUAUUUAAAAAUAAUUGAGCCUCACUAUGAGAAAACCAACAUAGUGCAUUUGCGACCAGCCUGGAUCAAGACCAUCCUGCGCAUCCGCGCAGCCUGAUCAGGAUCCAUACUGAUUGCUAACAGUUUCUCUGAUUGCAAUAGGCUUUGAAAGCGAACAGCAUGGAUCCUGACCAGACUGCGCAAACACACUAUGUUGGUUUUCUCAUGGUGCAGCUCAUUUCAUGUUUUUGUACUUUUCAAAUCAGUUCUUGUAUCAGUUAUGUUUUGGUAACUUUAUCAUAUAAUAAUAAUUUAUGAAGAAAGGUAUUACAUUCUAUCAACUAGAUUUCUUUUUGAAUCAUGUUUUCAGUAGUUUCAAUAGUGUGCUAUAUGUCGAUAUAACUUCAAGUGUGCCGUGUCUGUUUCUAAUUAACUGUUGGGUUCUAGGUCCGUAAAAAAUAUAAUGAUACAAAUCAACUGUUGGCACACUUGGUCGAUUAUGAGCUGACACACAUAUUGACAUACCAGAAAUAAGAAGCCCUAAAACUACUUUCGAGAAUACUGAAAAAAAAGCUGUUCAUUUUAUUUUACAGAUUUUGAUCAAACGAAAUUGAUUUUCUAAUAUUUUAAUUUACAACUUCUAUUAUGUUAUUAUAAUGGUUGCCUAAAAUCAAAGGAUUUUCUAUUACACCAGCAGCCUAAUUGUUAUUUUAAUGAGCUGUUAUUCAACUCCUGUUGUUUCAUUUAUAUUUCAUAUCUUUUGCUUUUUACUAUGGGGCCAAAGUCACAGCGCAUAUCUGCAUCAACUCUUUUAUGACAUACAGAUAUUCUUAUUUUGUAAUACAAAGUUAAAUUUUAUUUGCCAUCAGUGCAAAUGCAGUAUGUUAUAGUUAUGUGUCAAUUGUUACUAUUAUAUAGUUUAUAUUUUCACAUGAACAGUGGGCAAUAAAAUGUUAAAACACACAAAAAUCCUUUUUCUUGUUCAUU